AUGAUCGCCUUCCGCAACACCAUCAUCUUGGUCGUCGUCAUUUCCCUCUUCACCUUCAUAGCUCUCUUCGGUCGACUUCCAGCUCUACGGAAAACUCCCAUCGGCUUCAGUCACAGGCUUCUGUGCAUUUACAUUCCCAAUGGCUUUCGACGCUUCGAUGCACGCUACACUGGUGGUCGCAUGAACACAAACCUAGCUCGCUUGAGCAACUACCUCUUCCACCAAAAGAACCCCCUCGUUCUACUCCUGUUCCUCUUCCUCUUGACAGGAAGUGCGACUCUUUUCCUUCGUGCCACCCUUCCUCACCUCGACACGAACUUGAUCCUGCCAAUCCCUCUGGUGCUACUGCCUCCCUACAUUUUCACCUAUCUCUGCGUCACGAGCAAGAUCGACUACAUUAAUCCUGUAAAUCAUGCUUCGGCAAUGCGACACUACCCCUACGAUCACAUCCUCUUCCGGCCCGACCACGUCUGCCGUACCUGCAACUUCACAAAACCCGCAAGAAGUAAACACUGCUCGCUAUGUGGUGUCUGUGUCGCAAGAUGUGAUCACCACUGUGCAUGGAUAAACAACUGUGUUGGAAGGCAUAACUACCGAUAUUUCCUGCUCUUGCUGCUGAGUAUUGGAAUCGUGGAACUCUAUGGCGCGUAUCUGUCCUGGGCAAUUCUGUCACCACACCUUCAUCUCGGUCACUCAAACCACGGCUGGUUCGAGAAACAGUACUGGGCAGAAUUGGGCAAUGCUUUUGUCUUUGCUAUGAGCAUUGGUGGAAUUAGUGUUGCUGGUGUCGGUCUCCUUGCCAUCACUACUUCGCCCUUACCCUUCGCACUCUUAGCAUAUCAUAUCUACCUCAUCUGGGCUGGCAUGACGACAAAUGAAAGUGCGAAGUGGGCAGAUUGGCGAGAUGACAUGACAGAUGGUGUAGCAUGGAUAGGGAAGCGCAGUAUCGUCGAAGCUCACAACAAGGAGCGUAAAGCACGCCAUCUGCGGAAUCGCAAUAGACUGACUGGUAUGACCGGUCCAGUAUCAGACUCUGAAGAAGAUGAUGAAGAGGAAUACGUUCCUUGGCCCAAGCACAGUGAUCAGAUCAUUGUCAGCACAACAGACGGAAAGGCUCCUACAGGACAGGAACAGCUCUGGGAGAGGUGCACAAGUCUGGACAUGGUAGAGAACAUCUACGAUUUGGGCUUCUGGCAGAACUUUGUCGCUGUCAUGACUGGUAGGUAG